UUGUUUUUUAUAUAAUUCAUUUUUAUUGAUAAUAUUGAUAAUUUGUCAUCAUUGUUUACGUUUAAUAGCGCAAAAGUUUAUUAUACAACUUUAAUAGCAAAACUUUAUCAUAUGAUUUACUUAUUACAAAACACGCAUUUUUCUUCGAAAUAUUAUGGCGUUAAUAUAAUAGUUAUUCACUAUGUUUACGUGUUCAUUCACACGCGUGACAUUGUGAGCUGUGUGCGUGUGGCGUUGUUGCGCCUGCGCAAAACGGCUCGCGACCGAGCCCUCUUUGUUUGUUGACAAGCCAAACGAACGCAACAAGCCGACAGCCGCUUCGUUCCAUUUGAGACUGCUGCGAUGCGAUUGCUGCGACUUCGCGUCAAAACUUGGUGCGCGUCGGACGUGCGUCGCGUCUGCACUCUACUUUGUUUAGAGCUAUCGUGUUAUCGCAUUGGCUAAAUUUAGUGAAAUUAUUUAAAUAAAAAUUCGUAUUUCACGCAAUAUACAGUGCUUAAAGUGUUGUUUUGUUGCGAUCCCCGCUCUGAUUUGGUUUCUACGUAUAUAUUUCCACGUCUCAAAAUAACACGCUCGCCGCUGUGCCAGAAGAGGGUGGCGGGUGCUAAGAGGAAGCGCGCGGGGCGGGGCGAGAGCGCGCGCGGCAGGUGACCGACGGUUGACGCGGCUCAUGUGGGCGGCGGGUGGAUGCUGCUCGCGCCAGGCAGGCGAGAGCGGCGGCGGAGCCCCGGCCGUCAAGACCCCCGUCAAGACGUUCCAAGCCUACCUACCGCCGGCGCACCGCACCUACAGCUGCAUACAUUGCCGCGCGCACCUCGCCAGCCAUGACGAACUCAUCUCGAAGUCGUUUCAAGGCAGUCGGGGGCGCGCGUAUCUGUUUAAUUCAGUUGUGAACGUCGGAUGCGGUAUGGCGGAGGAACGCGUCUUGUUGACGGGCCUCCACGCGGUCGCCGACAUAUACUGCGAGUGUUGCAAGACAAUGCUCGGCUGGAAAUAUGAGCACGCCUUCGAAUCGAGCCAGAAAUACAAGGAGGGCAAGUUCAUAAUAGAACUGGCUCACAUGGUGAAGGAGAACGGUUGGGAUUAGUAGACGUUGGCCACGCGAACUGCGGGACUAAUAGUGAUGUGAUAACGGUGGCGGAAGCUGUACUGGCGCUCUAAAACUCGGGCGAUGGCGGCCCCUAGUACGGAGGUCGGAUAAGUGAUAUACACCGUGAGUGUUCCUCGGGCGCUCGUGACGUCACCGCGAGUCGAUGCAUCGCUACACAUACAGAGACAAAUAUUUUUUUCGAAAUCGAUUAUUAAUGACGCGACGCACCGACUCGAGGUGAGUCCGGACUCACUGGCAGCCCUCGACUCGCGCUUCAGCUUAAGCACCGCCAGUCAACUUAAUGUAAUAGUUAUGUGUAAGCGAUCGAUCUCAACGGCCCCACGCGGGGCAAAAUGGGCUUAGGAUUUAUUGUUAAUGUUUAUUAGUGAGUGCGCGCGCCACCGCGGCACCAUGUAACUCGUCUUAGGUUUUAUACUGUAUUAAGUAGCGUCGUACCGCAUUAAGAGAACACUAAUACUUUCUCUUGUCCCCUUUUAACCUGUGAUAAGUAUGUUAGUAUGUAGAAACGUGAAUUUCUUGAAUGAUUUCUCGUCAAGAACUUUGCUCAGAGAGUCGACAUUUUGUAUGUUCCUAUGUUUUCAGCUGUACGAUUUUCCUAAUUAUAAUUUUUUUCGUCAACUAAACUAGUCUGAGAAUGUCCAGCGGUUUCGGUUCUCUUUUGUAUAUCCGCGCCCGAUUAGCGAAUUUUGUUAGUUAUUUUUUUAGUGCUCUUGCAAUACAGCUGACUGACAAUAGGAAUCAUAUAUUUGACACCUGUCAAAGUGCACUCGCUGCCCGUAAUCGGAGGGAAACGCAAGUUUAGUGCACAUCGACGUAAGGCAGUUUUAUUAUUCAUUUAUUGUUUCCGCGUAAUGAAACGUAACCUUGUUUAGUACAUAAUAAUAUACUUUAAUCUUCAUUUUAGCUUAUAUUAUAUCAUUGUAAGUUAACGACAUUUUGUUUCGAAUAUCUGUGCCUGUUUGUUCAAGUCUAAAAAAAAUCAAAAACCUGAUUUAAUGAACUUUGUUUUUUUUUUAAGACGAAUAAAAAAUAUAUUGACGCUAUGAUUUAUUAUUGUAUUUUUAGUUCACUGUUUAAUCUUAUUCUCCUUAAAAAAAUAAACAUUAAUCUCAUUGUUUUAUUACGUGUCAACAUGUCACCUGUCAAUUGUUUAUUUGACGUGUCACCCUUUUAAUUGUAUACCUAUUCUGUUGUUAAGAUUCCGAAAUAAAACGUGUAUAUGUACACACAUAUAAUGCACUUUAAUAAUAUGACGUCCGUUUUGAUUCGGUACAAUUUCUGGUAUUGUAAUUUUUAAAAUUCAAUAACAAAGAUGUUUAAUCGAGCAUUGAUAACUGCCACUAGUGAUACGUACGUUAACAAUUAUUAAAUAUAUAAAAUAGCUAAAACGCUCUUAACUCGUAUAUCAUGUGUGUGCUUCUGCAGAAUUAUAUUCAAGCAUACAUGUAGUUCCAGUUGUUACGUACAGAAGAACUUCUGUGUAAAUUAUUCUUUAAUAAAUUCUAGAUUAAAAGACCUGCAAGAACAUGCUACUCUAGAAUUAACUAAGCAAAUGCAAGAAGAAAAUGUAUGUGCAAUUUCAUGUUUCUUCGAGUUUACGUGUAAUGCACCAUUUUAUUAACCGUUUGAUAUCUGUGCAAUUCCACAAAUUUAAUGAAAAAAAAACACUACAUGGCUUCUUGGAUUCUUCCAAUGAAUUCUCAAUAAAUUCAAUUCAUCUCAUUCAAUUCGACUCCAUUCAGUUUCAGUUUUCAAACGCUUAGUUAUAUGGUCUACAUUCCCUUAGCCUGUCUUAUUGGACAUAUCAAAUAAAGAAAGAAAAAAUAUCACGUGCAUUUUUCAUAUUAAUACAUAUGUACUUAUUUUCAUUGACCUAUAUAAUUAUUUCAUGAUCUUUCAUGUAAUAUUUCUAUCGAAAAAGUGAAACUGAAUGUGAUUAACACUUUUAUAUUUGAGGAGUUUUUGGCGGGAACGCGUGGAGCGAAAUUGUGCGAAUUGUUUUAUCAUCGUUUUCAGGCUUAAACGUGUAAGAACGGUAAUUUAUGUGAGUCGACUAUUAUCAAAGCCGGCAAUCUGACUUUUGGACAAUGAUUGGUAAAUCAGAAAAAUGAAUUAUUGACUUUGUGUUCCAUUGGCAGUCACAAAACUCUUCGAAACGACAUCUUAGAUAAAUAACAGGUUAACUAUUAACCUUUAUUUAAUGCAGGUUUUGACCCGUAUUCUUUGAAGGAGACGAUUAUAUUCAAAUCAAUCUGUAUUGACAUAUCAAUAAAAAAAAUUUGUCCAAAUGCACAGAUUGCCACCUUUGAUAAUAGACGACUCAUGUACUGUUUAACAUCAGUUAAUGUGCAUAAUUUUAGGAUAAUGAAACAAUCGCUUUUCGAGUUCAUUCAAAAAAGUCCAUUUAAAUCUAUAAAUAAUCAAUAUUAUAUUAUUAUAUAUUUAUUAUAAAUUUGAUUUGAUUUGAUUUGAAUACUAUACUGAGACUUUAUUUUAACCCAUCUCAUCUCGUUUCAUUUUAUUUCAUCCAAAUUGAUUCCAGUUUCACACAAUUCAACCUCAUCUCAUUUGAUCUAUAUCACUUUUUCAUGUAACAGACUAUAUUAAAGAUUAGGCUGUUUAUUGUGAUACAUUUGCCUUUCGUGUUGGGAAAUGGAACUACCACUAUAGGUAAUAAUAAUAUUUAAUUGAAUAUUUUUAUGUUGAAGCACACCUGUUCUAAUAAUUACACUAUUGUAUAUUAGAUUGCUACUAUUAGAUUUACGAAUUGUACAAUUAAUGAGGAAGUUGGAUUAAAACACGGAUAAUGACUGUUGUCUUAAUUACAUUACCGAAACGGUGGAAUAACAAUAAAAAAUUGGAACAAUAACCUCCUUUGUAAAUUUUCACUGAAACAUAAGUACUCUGAUCACGGCUUAACAAAUACGGACCCGUUGAAGCAAAUUAACAUUAUCUGUUGCGCCUUUUUUUUGUGAACAAUAAUCUACUGCGAUUUACGUGUGCUAAGAAUGCAAAACAUUAAUGUUAUUAUUUGAUGGACUUUAAUUUCUUUUUACUUUGCCUAUAAAUAUAUCUAAGAAUUCCCAUUUCGCUAAGGUUCCUUAACUUAAAAUAUCCCACAACACAAAAACUACCCUCAAAAUUCGAUAAGGUUCGUACUUUUUUUUUUAAUGUUAAAUUCCUUGUUGGUUACGGAGUCCCAUAGAAUGAUCCUGAAAAUAGCUAUGCUCGGUUGUCUUUUAAGAGAAUUUUGACACGUCCUUAAUUUGAACAAACUUUACUAUUAGCCUGGAUGCCAAAUCUGCUUUUCUACGUGAUUUGUUAUUAUGCCAACUAUACCACGACAAUUUCAUUUCUAUUAUGUCCAUAGUACGUAAUGUACUGAAUUUUAGUGAUUGGCGAAUUGUCUCUUAAUAGUUGUGUUUCGAUUGUAAUGAAAAGAUGAUUAAUUUAGCCAUCAAUAUUAGAAUUGCCUGUUGAAAUUAUUUUUAAAUAAUAUUCUUUCAAUUGGAUUGUCAAUAAGCCAUUUGUUGUAUAGUCAUAGUCGAUAUUUGGGGCGCUGUUAGUAAACGUUUGGCAUCGUUAGUGACAGGCGCCGUUUAGAUCCGCUUACUGGUCUAAACGGUCGGAGAACUGUGUAUUUACUGAAAAUUUAUUUUUGUUUUUUUACGUUCGUUACAAUUUCGUGCAUAAUCCGUGUUCCAUUCCAAGUUUACAACAACGACUGACUUGCACGUAACGCUGUUCAUGUUUGUCAAGUAGAUGCGAUUUGCGAUAAGUCAGUCGAACUGCGAAUACAAUGUUUCGUAUCCCGAUCAAAUACGUAUUUGUAUUAAUAGUAUUUUCAGGUAAAUAAAUGUAGAUCACUGCUGAAUGUGUGACCGUUACGAAAAUUUAAAUGAGUCAUUUCACGAUCCACAAGUGACGUUUAUUGGCACCGCGGGAAAGAGACAAUCUGUUGGUUUCGUUUUUGUAUAACGUUGUCUCGCUCGCUCCCUCGAGUGUCGCGUUUGCCGUCUUAUCGACUUGAAAUACGUUUAUUAAUUUCAAUGCUUAUAAUAGAAAGUCAAAUACGUGUUCGAUCGGAUCUGAAUUCGCAUUAACAUUGAGAAUGUUUUGUGUAAUCGUAAUAUUGUUAUCAUAGUGUUAAGGGCUGCACAAUGUUCAGUGAAAAUUGAGGCUAAGAUAGAAACGACCCCGUUUUAAUAUAUAUGUAUGUAUGUAUAUUUAAAAAAAAAAGUGAUAAAAUCAUGUAUAAGGCCGAAUGAAUCUUUAAAAACGAAAGGAUAUUUUUUUUCACAUCCCCAAGUCAUAUUCGAAUAUCGAAUCAAAUCGGUAUCGAUUUUAUAUUUUUAAUUACCUUUGAAGUUUGUUCGAAAAUUCAAAAAACAUUAUAUUUUCAUUAUUCAGAACACUUUCAAAAUCAAUGGAAGGGAGUACCGCAGUAGUUUGUAUCACUCUUAGACCUAAGGCAGUUUGUCGUGACACAAGAAAAUGUUCAAUAUAUCUCGACGUUAGUGAGAAAAUCAUAAUAUUGCUAGAUUAUCCGUGAUGCAUAAAGUAUUUUUCUACUCGGUCGUUUAGGGACGCUAUUAGAUAUUUUUGGACCAUUAUUAAUGUAAACGAAAUCAGUAUUCGUGGUGUGAACGUUAGCUUAGACGCAGAUCGAUUCGAUCCUGUAUUAGUGAGAAUGCGCUUGUCCGGCUGUACAAUGCACCCGGUCAUAGUCACGCUGUUUCUAAGAGAUUGUUUUGGAAUACUCAAUACCGAUAAGUCGUUCAGUGAUUCUCAUAUCGCGCAAUAAAAUGACGAAUAAAAAAAACUUCUAUUUUACCUAAAUAUAUUUAUCUCUUUGUGCUUGAUUAAAAUAUAUGUAACAUUAUCUAUGAGCCUAUUCAUUCUAUUAAUUACUUAUGGAUAUAGAAGCCACACGGGAAUAAAAUAAGAUGUUUAUUCUAACUAAAGCAAUAAAUGGAUAGAUAAGGUUUUUGACGUGACAUAAGAAUCACUUCGUUACGUUCCUAUUUGUAAACUCUUUACACUCAAAGACAAACUUUUUUCUAUGAGCAAGAUUUCAAAUGUAGAAUAAUAUUCUACAUUUGAAAUUAUGUCAUAUUAAAAUAAUUAUGACGUUUCUAUUGUUUUGAUUAUUUUUCUGUACCACCAUCUUGCUUUAUCUAUAUGACGAAAAGGAAUGCAUAUCUAUAGAUCUCUUAGAAAUACAACGGGAGCAAGCGUCUGUUUGAUCGAGUUGAGGAUACAAUGAGAAUUGAAAUGAAAAAUGAUUCAUUCAAUGUAAAUUGAAAUCGAUUUUAAAAACGCUAAAUAAAUUUCCGCCUUAUUUGAAUAUCGAUUCGACUCGACAACCCGAGCUUGUGACUGUUUAAGGCGUGGAGUGUUGUCUAUGGACCGACGUGGGCUGACAUUUAAAUUGAAUGGAAAAAAGAAAAACGGUGCAUUUCAUUAAAUUACUUGUACAUUUCGCAUAUUAAAAAAAAAUUAAGGUAUCCCGGUAGUUUAUCAAGAAGCCGCUUAAUAUUUUUGUAUUUUUACUAGUAUGUAAUGAAUUAAAAACAAAAAAAAAACUAAAAAAAAUAUAUAUAUAUAAUAAAAUUUCGUGGUGUCUUCUAACGAUUGUGUAUGCAUUAUGCUAUAGAUGAGUAUUUCGUAAACAUUUGUUUGGAAUAAUAAAUGCGUAAUAAAACACUUUUUCGUAUUAAAAAAAAA